GAAAAUGAUUAGACAAAGUAAAAUUAUGUCCUCUCAAACUGUAAACUUCUUGAAAACACCUAAGGUUCACUCUUCCCUUUUCUUUCUGAGGCAUUUUACUCUGUUUCAGAUGCUGUAAUGGGUUUAUUUUUUGAUGCUUAUCAACUGCAUUUAUGGUUUGGUUUUGAUGAUGACGAUGAUAGUGACGAGCAGUAACACAUGGAGAUUAACAAGAGGGCAAGAAGUCUUCUCUGUAUUCCCAUCAUUGGCCUUCCCAUUCCUCUCCACUAUCAGGAAGAGGAUUGAAAGAGUCGGGGUAUGCAAAGCGAAUAUGUCAGUGCAAAACUCAAAGAAAGCAAAUUUGACUGCUGCGAAAAGGGAAAGAAUUCUGCUGCCAAUUUGCGAUGAUGGCUAUCGUAUCAGUGAAUUUCUUAGUCACCCCUUUGGAAUUCAAGCUAUGUUAAACACUAAGACGCUGCAAAGUUUUGAAUCCAUUGAUGCCAACACAUACAGGUGCUUUUUGCCAAAGCUUCAACUGCUGAACUUUGAAGCAGCUCCUGUGCUGGACUUGCGAGUAAUCCCAACAGAAGAAGAUUGUACAGUUGAGAUGCUCUCUUGCAAGUUUGAAGGUUCAGAGAUCAUGGAGCGCCAAAAUGACCAUUUUUCAGCUUUCAUGGUGAAUCGUGUGACAUGGAACACAACUGAUUCUGAACCCUUUUUAGAGGCUGAUAUGAAGUUGAAUCUCACCCUUGAGAUUUAUACAGAACCAUUUACUUUACUGCCAACAUAUGCUGUUGAGGGUCCUGGGAAUUUUGGAAAUGCAUUGAACUACAGAAUGAUGCAAGCUCUAGUGGAUAGGCUCGUAACAUUGCUUCUGCAGCAACUACUGCAAGAAUAUGACAAGUGGGAAAAUCAACAGUGUGAAAAUGUUCCAAGAAUUUCUUCCUGAAGUUUGCAUAGCCAGGCAGGAGGAUUGAAUUUUGGAGCAAAGAAGAAAGGAGAGGUUCAGUAUCACCAUCCAAGUCUUGUAUUCAAAACUGCUCAGUUUGUCAACCAACAAUUGCUAUGGUAAUGGUGGGAUCCUUUAACCAUUGGUGACCUCCUCGUUUAAAGAGAAAAUUUUUUGUUACUUUCCCCAACCUUGUUUUCCAGUGUAAAGAUGCUGUUAUAAUCCCCUUGUUAUGUGUCUCAGUUAAAUUUCAUGGUUACCAAUAAACUUUAGCUAGAUAGUAUUGGAAUCACUUUUUCCCAGGACUCCAAUAAUUCAUUUUGGAUGGUAUAUUUGUUAAGAGAAAGAACCUAAAAUUUCUUUGUCAACAGUUUUGAGUAUUCAGAGCUAGAUGUUGAGAAUAGGUGUUUGUCCAAUGGUUUGUUCUAAAUCUAAAAUAAUGUCCUGAACAAUUUAUUAUUCCUGCAAAUUGCAAUAGAAUCCCCAAGUCUCCAGUCAUUCUCUAA